AUGCAAGGGAAACUCAUGGAAGUCGACCUCGGCGACGAAGUCCGCGCCCGGAACCAAGCCAUGACGGAAAAAGCUGCCCGCCGCCUCCUAGGCGAAGCCGUCGACGAAGACACCGGCGGCCGGCGAGCCAAGAAACCCCGCCUCGGCAGGGACGGUAAGCCCUGGCGACCCAGGAACAGGCGCACCAGCGACGACAUCAAGCGCGACCAACUCGUCGAAGAGAUUCUGCGCGAGAACAGACUCGACGUCUACGAUGUACCAAAACCACAGGAACCCCAAAACGACGGCGACGGCGACGCAGACGACCGCAUCGCCGAGGAGUUCCGGCGCGAGUUCAUGGACGCCAUGGUCCAGCGCCAACAAAAGAAGAAGACGGCAGCGCCGGCGGCCCGCGCCGGGGCUCGCAAGGCCGAUGAAGAAGUCCUCAAGGGUCCGAAGCUGGGCGGUAGUCGCAACGCUAGAGCCGCCAUGCGCGAUUUGCUCUUGAAGAAAGAAAAGGAGAAGGACUCUAGAAGAUGA